AUGUCCCUCCAAGUCAAUGAUCCGCGGUCGCGCUCCCGUUCCAAAUCUCCAGGUCGUAUCCGCGAGCGUUCGCGAUCGCGCGAUGGUCGUACCUCCACCGUCGACCUGGAACCACCGCGCUCAAGACCGCGUUCGCGAUCUCCCGCGGUGGAAGUGGCCUCCAAGUCGUCCUCGAGUAGAGAUUAUGACCUACCGCGUGCGCGCUCGCCUGCUGUCGAAAUCGCACCUCGGUCAUCUCGAUCGGGGAAAUCGUCCCGGGAUUAUGACCCGGACGUGGAAGCUGAGGUUGAUCGCCGGUAUAAGUUGAUGAAGGAAGAAAGACUGCGCGAGUCAGGCGGAGAGGGCAGCCGGUCAAGCUCCCGUGUACCUCGCACGACAGGACGGUACGAUGUUGAGAGGUCGGAUUCCGAGGAGAGUCGUAGGCGGCGUGGAGAUCACCGCGACCGUCGUCAGCGCGAGGAUGCUCGAUACGAGCACUCGGACGAAGACAGAGAUCUCAGAAAAGUUCGGCCCAGGGAUUCGCGAGAUCCGAGAGGAUCCAAGGACUCGUUGGGAGACUUCGGUCACACCGAUCCCAGGGGCUCAAGGGACUCUUUUAAAGAUACACGCGAAUACACCGAUCCAAGGAGUUCAAAGGAUUCACUCAAGGGAUCCGACCCAAGAGGGUCGCGAGAGUCUCUCCCUCGCGACACUUUGAGGGACCCGCGCGAUUACGCUGCGCAAACGCACCGCCAACGACCCUCGUCCCCUUUGGCCCGUGAUUCUCGGCUGAAUGACUCGGACGAGGAUUCGGAUGACGGGCUAGCAUAUGGCGAUACUCUGGGCGAUCAUCCCAGCUAUGCGCGCCCAGGUAAUUACCAGUAUGCACAGAUGGGAGAACCUGAGUACCACGGUCAUCCUGACCCAAGGUCAUCAGACUGGGCCCCAAUACCCGAAUGUGAGCGGCCCGGGUUCAUUCCACCAGCAUCACACCCUUCUUCGCAAGCGGGACCGCCCUCUACUAUGCCGGGAGGCUUCCCUUCAGCCUCGCCAUAUACCGGAGCGCCUACCACAUCGGUCCCUUCAACUCCGAUGGAAAUACCACAGUCGCAGGUUGCAUAUACUCAGAGUUCGUCAGGUCCUUACAGCCCAUCGCACUAUCGCACCGUUUCAGCGGCUUCUGUGAAUGCUCCAGUUUCAUUGUCAGGCUAUUACGCCCAGCCGGCCCAGUAUCAAUACGCUCAGGUUGACCCAAAUGUUCGAUAUACCUCCAAAGCGACCCCAGUCCAGCCUUAUACGGCGUCCGCGGCAGAACAAGUUGGCACUCGUGAACCUCAACCUGCGUUGCCGUAUAGGUAUAGUAGUGAACCGCAGUUCAGUCUGAAGAAGCCGCAACCGCAACCACAGCCGCAGCCUCGUUCGUCACCACCGUCGCCGCCGGCGGCUCAGGAACCACAUUACCAGUACCAGCAACCGCCCACUCAGCUGCAAUAUAGACACGGGCAAGGUCAUGGCUCAGCAUUGGGUCCGCAACAGCAGUCAGCACCCCCGCAGUUGAUUGAGAUCACGCCCGGUGGGGGACGAGGUCGUCCGCAUAGUCUGUCUGUAUCAUCGGCGAACAACCUCACCGUCACGGGUGGCCAAAGUCUGACUGCCGGUCAUCCUCCGGCCAGUCCUCUUCUGGAAGCCUAUCAUGGGACGUAUCAAUCUAUCUCACCCAUGCCGUCUCCAAUCGUCAUGCCCGCACGCGAUGAUGAUCUCUCUGACAUGGAGCCACUUGAUGGAGGCUCGUCAAAUUCCGAAUCAGGACGGCUCAAGAAACACACUCGCUCCAAGUCCUCAACUAGCGAGAGGGAGGUACGUUACAUGAGCAGCAAGGACAAGGCAAGAGAGAAGGAGAAAGACCGGGAUUCCCGCAUCAAGGAUGACAGACGUCAUCACCGUCAUGACUCGGGCGUGUCGCAUGACCGCGAUCGCGAGCGUGAUCGUAUGGUGGUUAUCACGCCUGGUAGCGGGCGCAAGCGUGUUUCAUUCUAUGAUGCCGCCGGCGAUGCGCUUGACAUGCAGUCUGCUUUGAGCCAUCGCACCAUCGACAACAAGACCAUCAUUCGAGUUCUCCCCCGUCUGACGAGCGACGAAAUUCUUCUCCUCCGCGCUGAAUACAAAAAUCGCGUCAAGAUGCAAGGCAAAGGCAUCAAUCUUGCCAAGCAUAUUCGUCUCAAGCUGGGCAACUCUUCCUUUGGCAAAGUCGCUUACGCGACGGCUCUGGGACGCUGGGAAUCCGAGGCAUACUGGGCAAACUGCUACUAUCAAGCCGGUACUUCUCGGCGGGAACUGCUGAUUGAAUCACUCAUUGGCCGUUCCAACGCCGCCAUCCGCGAGAUCAAAUCCUCAUUCCGGGACACUCGGUACGACAACAGUUUGGAGCGGUGCAUGCGCGCCGAGCUGAAAGCGGAUAAAUUCCGCACGGCCGUGCUGCUCGCAUUGGAGGAACGUCGGCAGGAAGAGCGCGAGCCAAUCGACGACCGACUGAUUCGACAGGAUGUGCAGGAUUUGCAUCGCGCGCUGAUUUCUCGAGAGGGGGGCGAAACGGCCAUGAUCAAUGUCAUUGUGACGCGGAGUGAUACGCAUCUGCGAGAAGUGUUGCGUGAAUAUGAAGCGGUGUAUCGAACGAAUUUUGCCCGAGCGAUGAUUGCAAAGUCAAGGAAUUUGGUGGGUGAAACACUCGCUCACAUCCUCAACGGUGCCAUCAAUCGACCCAUGCGCGAUGCUCUCCUCCUUCACCAGGCGGUGCGAGAAUCCCGGACUGGUCGCGAACGGUCCGAGCUUUUAAUCUCCCGCCUGGUGCGGCUGCACUGGGAGCCGCGACAUUUAGAGCAAGUCAAGAUUGAAUAUCGAAGACGAUAUAAUGAGCGAAUCGAAGAGGCGAUUGCGGAGGAAGUGAUGAGCUCGGCGACGGGGAGUGAUUGGGGGGAGUUUUGUAUUGAGCUGGCCAGGAGCUCGUCCUGA